AUGGAAAAUAAGUCAGCAUCCAGUAAGAGAAGUUUUCUUCGAAUCAAGCAGCUGAAUAGGCGAUGUCAGCUGUCCCCUGGGAGGUUUACAGAAAAAUGGACUUCAAAGUUAGCCAGGAAAUUAAAAAGACAAAGAUUGGCACAGGCUCAGAGAAGUGUUAAACGGCGCCGCCUGGAAUUGAAAAAUGAAAGAUCAACAAAAGAUGCUUCCCAGUCUGUAUUAGAGGGUGCAACAUAUAGUUCAAAGAUUGGAUUGGAGGAGUCGGUGGAUUUGGAGGACAUCAGCAUGCCAAAGUCAUUGUGCCUGCAGAGAAGUCAGUUUAUAGUUUUUGAUCUGGAAACCACUGGACUAGGCAGGACUUCAGAUAUCCUCCAGAUUGCAUGUGUUUGUGGAACAGAGAGCUUUAAUGUAUACAUGAAACCAACAUGCUGUAACAUCAGUAUUUCUGCAUCUGAAGCAACAGGUUCGUAUACAGAAUUUAUCGUGAGCAGAAAUAAUUUUGUGAUUGUCCCUUACAAAGUAUUUACUUAUCAUUUCUAAAUGUUUUAU